UCAAACUUGGGAGAUAGAGGAGCGCGCGAGAGAGGGUGAGAUGGUGACGACGGACUGGGGGCCGAUCAUAGUGGCGGUGGUGCUCUUCAUCCUGCUGUCGCCGGGGUUCCUGUUCCAGCUGCCAGCGAGGGCGAGGGUGGUGGAGUUCGGCAGCAUGGGCACCAGCGCCCUCGCCAUCCUCGUCCACACCAUCCUCUACUUCUGCCUACUCACCAUCGUGGUUGUAGCUAUCGGCGUGCAUGUAUACAGCACCAAACCCGAUCCGGCAGAGUAAAUUUCCAUGUGCUUGUCAGUGGUGAUGUUAUUUUUUUUAGUCUAUAUGUAUACUUUACACAUGGUACAUAUGCACAUAUAUACGUACGUUUAUAGUUCCAUAAUACAUCAACAAUCAACAGUAGGAAUGUGAUCGGAGGAGACUAUGUGCAUGCUUUUAUUUUUGUUUCUUGUUGCUUCCAAGUGAUUCUUCUGUUAAUUCUAACUUUUUUUCCUGGAAUGGAACAUCAUGGA